CGGAAAACCUGUGAGCUUCUGAACAUGUGUCAGCGGCACUUUACAACUCGUCCGCUCCGUCAGUUCACAGAUGUAGGUGGAGCAAAGACGGCGACGGAUCGGCCGUGUCAAGAAGUUUUUUCGGAGCUCGCGCUGCCUCCCUCGCAUCGACUUUUAGCAUAAAAAAACACACACACACGAGACAACGGAGAAAAGACGGUGUCGGUAGAGAACCGCGAGUCGGACUCGGACUCAGCCAUGAACGGUGUGUAUAGAUGGGGCCUGCCCCCUCUCAACCCAGUCCAGCCGGCGACCCCGUACAUAGAGAUCAUUGAGCAGCCGAAGCAGAGGGGCAUGAGGUUCAGGUACAAGUGCGAGGGACGUUCCGCUGGCAGCAUCCCAGGAGAGAAAAGCAACGAUACCACUAAAACGUAUCCAGCCAUCAAGUUAGCGGUGCACAACUACAAUGGGCCCCUGCGAGUGCGCAUCUCCUUGGUGACGAAGAACCCGCCGUACAAGCCUCAUCCGCACGAGCUGGUUGGCAAAGACUGUAAACACGGCUACUACGAGGCCGACCUGCAAGAAAGACGAAUACACAGGCCGGUUUCUGAUUCCCCGCUCUCUGCUCUCAGUUUUCAGAACCUGGGCAUCCAGUGCGUGAAGAAGAAGGACGUGAACGAAGCCAUCACCUGCAGACUGCAGACCAACAACAACCCCUUUAACAUUCCCGAACCCAAGGUGUGGGAGGAGGAGUUUGACCUGAAUUCGGUGCGGCUUUGCUUCCAGGCCUCCAUUACCCUGCCCACGGGGGAGCUCUUUCCCCUGGAGGCCGUGGUGUCGCAGCCCAUCUACGACAACAGGGCCCCAAACACGGCCGAGCUGAAGAUCUGCCGGAUCAACCGCAACUCGGGACGGUGCCAAGGAGGGGAUGAGAUCUUUCUGCUGUGCGACAAAGUGCAAAAAGAGGACAUCGAGGUGCGCUUCUUCCAGGACUCCUGGGAGGGGAAGGGCACUUUCUCCCAGGCCGACGUCCACAGGCAGGUGGCCAUCGUGUUCCGCACGCCGCCCUACCACAACACUAACCUCAGCGAGCCCGUUAAGGUCAAGAUGCAGCUCCGCCGGCCCUCUGACCGCGAGGUCAGCGAGCCGGUUGAUUUCCAUUACUUACCGACCGACCUAGAUGAAUACCGGCUGAGUGAGAAGAGAAAGCGCACUGAGAACAUGUUCCAGAGCUUGAAGCUGGGCUCCAUGCUUUCUGGAGCGCCCGUUCAACAAGACAGACGGCAAAUAAACUGUGCGAGGAGGACGGUCACGGCGAAGCCGGUGCCAAUGAGCAUGCCAGCAGCUACGGAGGCGCCCCCUGCUGCCAGUGGGUCAAAACCGCAGGCCCCCUUCUCCUACGGCCAGCCGGGCCAGCUCUUCCAGCACAAGGAGGAGACGCCCUCCUCCAUCACGGCGGCGACCACGAGCCAGACGUGGAAGAUCAUGGAGAGCCUGAAGCUGGGGCCCCAACCCAAGGCCAACCCGGUGCCCACGUUCACCAUGAACGCCCCGCCGCCCCCCUGCUCUUCCUCGUCGUCUUCCUCCACCUCCACCACCUCCUCCAGCACCACGUCCGCCGGCGGCCAGGCCUUCUCCACCGUCAACCUGGCGGACAUCUUCCCCAACAUCUCCACGGCCGCCGGCCCCUUCCCCGUCGCGGGCGCGCAGUACCAGACGGAGGAGGACAUCCCCGAGUUCCCCAGCUUCUCCGAGGCCCAGGUGCCGGGGACGCUGGACAGCAUAGACAUGGACGACUUCGAGGACCUCCUGAACUCGCGCUUCAUGAGCGAGGGCGGAGGAGGCGGGGCGCUGCCGGCGUGCCAGCAGGCCGCGUUUCCCGGCGCUGUCGACGCAGCGCCCGCACCGCCGCAGCCCGCCGCGGCCUUCCAGAACCCCUCCGACCCGGCCGGCAACCCGGGCAGCACCUGGAUGAAUUACCCCACCAGCAUCGUCACCCUGCUGCAGAACGAAGACAUGAGCGAGUUCGCCAGCGGCACCGCCUACCAGGGCAUGACCGACGACUUCGACGAACUGCUGACCUCAGACGAGGAACGCCUCAUUUCCAUUUUCAAUAGCGGCAGCCAACCCGGGUUCGUGUCGGGACACCCGACCUAA